AGUGGGUUGUUUGGGUAAAAAACCCUUUGUGGAAAUCUAGGUGUUCCAACUCUGAAUCUGAUCCCAGAGAAAGAAGGAAAAAAGUCUUCUUUUUUUUUUUCCCAAUUGGGUUGCUUCAGAAUCAGAUUCGGGUUCCGUAAUAGCCGCUGAGGUUCUCUUCUGGAGAAAAGGGAAGAGAAGGUUGAGUGAUCGGCGACAAUGGCGGCUCGGAACAUAGAGAAGAUGGCGUCGAUUGAUGCGCAGCUUCGUCAACUGGUUCCUGCCAAAGUUAGCGAAGACGACAAGCUUGUCGAGUAUGAUGCUUUGCUCCUGGAUCGAUUCCUCGACAUUCUUCAAGACUUGCACGGCGAGGAUCUCAGAGAAACGGUUCAAGAUCUGUACGAGCUUUCGGCUGAGUACGAAGGAAAGCAUGAACCGGGAAAGCUCGAGGAGCUCGGGAGUGUCCUGACGAGUUUGGACCCAGGGGACUCCAUUGUUAUCGCCAAGGCUUUCUCUCACAUGCUCAACUUGGCCAACUUGGCCGAGGAGGUUCAGAUCGCUUACCGUCGUAGGAUCAAGAAGCUGGCCAAGCGUGAUUUCGCCGACGAGAACUCCGCCACUACCGAAUCAGACAUCGAGGAAACGUUCAAGAGACUUGUGGUGGAUCUGAAGAAGUCUCCUGAAGAGGUGUUCGAUGCUCUCAAGAACCAGACAGUGGAUCUUGUUUUCACUGCUCACCCUACUCAGUCCAUUCGGAGAUCUUUGCUCCAGAAGCACGGGAGGAUAAGGGAUUGUCUGGCUCAGCUGUAUGCCAAGGACAUUACUCCUGACGAUAAGCAGGAGCUAGACGAGGCUCUGCAGAGAGAGAUUCAAGCUGCAUUCCGUACGGAUGAGAUCAGGAGAACUCCUCCGACCCCGCAAGACGAGAUGAGAGCCGGGAUGAGUUAUUUCCACGAGACGAUCUGGAAGGGCGUCCCCAAGUUUCUGCGCCGUGUGGACACAGCUUUGAAAAGCAUCGGGAUCAACGAACGUCUCCCUUACAAUGCCCCCUUGAUUCAGUUCUCUUCUUGGAUGGGCGGUGACCGUGAUGGUAACCCUCGGGUUACACCUGAGGUCACCCGCGAUGUGUGCUUGCUGGCCAGAAUGAUGGCUGCCAACAUGUAUUUCAACCAAAUCGAGGAUCUCAUGUUUGAGUUGUCUAUGUGGCGUUGCAACGAAGAGCUCCGUGUGCGUGCCGAUGAACUUCACAGGAAUUCGAGGAAAGAUGCAGCAAAACACUACAUAGAAUUCUGGAAGACAAUUCCUCCGAGCGAGCCGUACCGUGUGGUUCUUGGUGAUGUCAGAGACAAACUGUAUCACACGAGGGAACAUGCCCGUCAAUUACUGACUAACGGAAUCUCUGACAUCCCCGAGGAAGCGACUUUCACUAAUCUUGAACAGUUCUUGGAACCACUCGAGCUGUGUUACCGAUCACUCUGCUCGUGUGGUGACCGCCCGAUAGCUGACGGAAGCCUUCUUGAUUUCUUGAGGCAAGUAUCCACCUUUGGCCUCGCCCUUGUCAGACUUGACAUCAGGCAAGAGUCUGACCGCCACACUGAUGUCUUGGAUGCUAUCACCAAGCAUUUGGACAUUGGUUCCUAUAGAGAAUGGUCUGAAGAGCGUCGCCAGGAAUGGCUUCUGUCCGAGCUGAGUGGAAAGCGUCCACUUUUUGGUCCCGACCUUCCCAAAACCGAGGAAAUAGCUGAUGUCCUCGACACGUUUCAUGUCAUAGCUGAGUUACCUUCAGACAGCUUUGGAGCUUACAUUAUCUCAAUGGCAACCGCACCUUCUGAUGUCCUGGCCGUCGAGCUUUUACAACGUGAAUGCCACAUAAAACAGCCAUUGAGAGUUGUUCCGCUCUUCGAGAAGCUUGCUGAUCUAGAAGCUGCACCUGCUGCCGUCGCAAGGCUCUUCUCGAUAGAGUGGUACAGGAACCGUAUUAACGGUAAACAAGAGGUUAUGAUUGGUUACUCGGAUUCAGGGAAAGAUGCCGGUCGUUUAUCGGCUGCUUGGCAGUUAUACAAAGCUCAGGAAGAGCUCGUGAAGGUUGCCAAGGAGUAUGGAGUGAAGCUAACCAUGUUCCAUGGUCGAGGUGGCACUGUCGGAAGAGGAGGUGGGCCGACCCAUCUUGCUAUACUGUCUCAGCCUCCAGAAACCAUUCACGGGUCACUCCGUGUCACGGUUCAGGGUGAAGUCAUCGAGCAGUCGUUCGGAGAAGAGCACUUGUGCUUCAGAACCCUUCAGCGUUUCACGGCUGCUACCCUUGAACACGGUAUGAACCAUCCGGUCGCUCCAAAGCCCGAAUGGCGUACCUUGCUUGAUGAAAUAGCAGUCGUUGCAACCGAGGAGUACAGGUCUUAUGUUUUCAAAGAACCUCGUUUCGUCGAAUACUUCCGCCUCGCUACACCCGAGCUGGAAUAUGGCCGUAUGAACAUUGGAAGUAGACCCUCGAAGCGGAAGCCAAGUGGAGGAAUAGAAUCUCUCCGUGCUAUCCCGUGGAUCUUUGCAUGGACACAGACAAGAUUCCAUCUUCCGGUAUGGUUGGGAUUUGGAGCAGCGUUCAGGCACGCGAUCAAGAAAGAUGUCAGGAACCUCCACAGGCUGCAGGAGAUGUACAACAAUUGGCCAUUCUUCAGGGUCACUAUCGAUCUGGUCGAAAUGGUGUUUGCCAAGGGAGAUCCCGGAAUCGCUGCUUUGUACGACAAACUUCUCGUCUCGGAAGAACUCUGGCCAUUCGGAGAAAAGCUCAGAGCUAACUUCGAAGAGACCAAGAACCUCAUCCUCCAGAUCGCUGGACACAAAGAUCUUCUUGAAGGGGAUCCCUACUUGAAGCAAAGACUGCGUCUUCGCGACUCGUACAUAACGACCCUAAACGUCUGCCAAGCCUACACGCUGAAGAGGAUCCGUGAUGCAAACUACAACGUGAAGUUGCGGCCUCACAUCUCUAAAGAGAUCAUGGAAUCGAACAAACCAGCGGAUGAGCUCGUCAAGCUCAACCCGACCAGCGAAUACGCCCCUGGCCUGGAGGACACCCUCAUCUUGACCAUGAAGGGUAUUGCCGCUGGCCUUCAAAACACCGGCUAAGAUGAAAAAAAUCCGAUCUUUCUGCAAAGAUGGUUCAUCUUGAGGGACCUUUUCUCCUCUUCUACAGAAUGAAAAUAAUAAGUUAUACGGUCGGAUGAUGUUUCCUUAUAUAUCCGCCGUUUCCUGUGUUCCAUCACAUGUAUGAGCUCUGAGACCGUACCAUCGCUCUGAUCUGUUUCUGCAGUGCAAAAGAGACAGAGUGAUGCUACUUUAUUUGUUUCCGACAUUACAAAAGGUUGGAACUCUUUUUUUUUUUUUUGGUAUGAAAAAGGUUGGAACUUUGUUUUCAUA